AUGAAUGCAAAUAAUAAUGAUAAAUUGAACCCUGCAGCUGAAAGAGGUAACAUAGAUGUCCUCUAUGCAGCAAUUCAAGAUGAUCCAUCUAUUUUGGAAAAUAUAGAUAAAAUCCAAUUUGUAGAAACUCCUUUACAUAUCUCUGCAUCUAGGGGUCAUCUCGAGUUUGCCACUGAAAUUAUGAACUUGAAACCUUCGUUUGCUAUGAAGCUAAAUCAGCAAGGUUUCAGCCCCAUUCAUCUUGCUAUGCAAAACGGCCGAAAGGCAAUGGUGUCUAAGUUGGUUGGCAUCAAUAAAGAUCUUGUUAGAGUUAAAGGAAGAGAAGGCUUGACUCCACUUCAUCUUGUAUGUCAAAAUGGGGAGGUUGAACUUUUAGCUGAAUUCCUCACUGCUUGUCCGGAUUCCAUUGAAGAUGUAACUGUCAGAGGUGAAUCUGCAUUGCACAUUGCUGUUAUGCAUGGACAGAUCAAAGUUCUUGAGCUUCUUGUUUGCUUUCUUAAAAAAAAUUCCAAGAGAGGUGCUCGGAAGUUAGAAUAUAAAAUACUAAAUUUUAAGGAUGUGUCUGGCAACACCAUUUUGCACAUUUUAGUGCAAAGGAUUUUCAUGCAAGAGGUGAGAGAAGUAGUUAAACUGUUGUUAAAGCGAGGGAUAAAUUUGAAUGCAAAGAACUUGGUGAACGAAACAGCAUUAGAUGUAGUACUAGUGACUCUUCCACAGAUCAAGAGUAUAUUAAUACGAGCCGGAGCAGAAGUUGGCGAAAAAGUCAAAGUUCCCACACUUGCUGAGAAACUAAGUUCACAUACCAAGAUUAUUGAUAGUGUGUUAAUAUGGAUUCGCGGCAUCAGAAGAGAUAUAACAGAGGAGCAACGCAACACUUGGUUGAUAAUAGCAACACUUGUUGCAACUGCCACCUAUCAAUCAGUACUUAGUCCCCCAGGUGGCUUUUAUCAAGCUAAUGCUACUGACACAAAUUCGAACACCACUUCCUCCAAUUCUACAAUUUCAACCACAGGAAAGGCUGGGAAAUCGGUGUUGUCAAGAAGUGAUUUCUUUGCGUUUUCUCAUUUGAAUGUAUUUUCCUUUGGGGUAUCAAUUAUGGCAAUACUUAUCAUGACUCCAUGGGGGGAGGUAGGGACUACUCUAGUGUUCGGUCCGGUGGUUUGGUUUGCCGUUAGUUAUCUAUAUUCCAUGAACCUGAUAGCCCCUUCACAUAACUAUUCCGCAGUUGCUAGGUUCUUAUUCUCUUUAAUUGGGAUAGCUAUGGUGAUUUUAUCCCUCAUUAUAAUGUACUUUAUCAGUGGCAGCGCAAUGCGAAGAAACUGA